GAGCAGCCAUGGUGUUCCCCCUGAGCUCCUCAACCCAAACACCACACCACACACACAAUCCCCUCUUCUUCUUCUUCCACAAACACUCCACGCCAGCCAGAAAUCCCCCAAUCCACACACGCACCGUCGUCUCCGUGAGGUCUGAGCGAGGUAGGACGAAUAGCUCUGAGCGAGUUCUUCCGUCUUCCAGGUAGAAUCAUCCUUGCAGCUCUCACUCUCCUCUUCCCGUCGCUCGUCUCUUGUUCAUAGUUGUUGGAUUCCUCUUUCUUCUUCCUUGGAUCCUACUAGCUAUUACAACAGAGCUCCAGAGCCUUUUAGUUUCUGGUCUCUGAUUUUCUCCUUCUUUUUUUUUUCUUCUUUUUUGGUGGGAUAGCGAAGAGAGGUUCUUUUUCCACAUCUCUCUGUUCGUUCAGUGAUCAUCAGUCGUAGAUCUGUCCUAGCCUGUUCUUUGAUUUUAGCUAAGAACUAGGCGAUUUAUUCUUUCUUUUAUUGGAAAAAAAAUCCCCAGAAAAAAAAGUUGUUGGUAGUAGUAUAUUUUCUUGUACGAUUUGAUGGCGGCUGCUAUAAAUCUCCCGGGGCCCAGCGAAGAUCUGAUGCGAGCGAUGGAGUCCUUCAUGCAAGAAGACGCCGCCCCAUCCCCUCUGCCCAUGCCGCCGGCGGCGCAGUACCCGCCGGCGACGCCGACCCACCUGAGCCCGGCGCAGAUGCAGUUCAUCCAGGCCCAGCUCCACCUGCAGCGGAACCCGGGGCUGGGCCCGCGGGCGCAGCCCAUGAAGCCCGCGGUCCCCAUCCCGCCGGCGCAGCAGCGGCCUGCCCAGAAGCUGUACCGCGGCGUGCGGCAGCGCCACUGGGGCAAGUGGGUGGCGGAGAUCCGUCUCCCCCGGAACCGCACCCGCCUGUGGCUCGGCACCUUCGACACCGCCGAGGAAGCCGCGCUGGCCUACGACCAGGCGGCGUACCGCCUCCGCGGGGACGCGGCGCGCCUCAACUUCCCCGACAACGCGGCGUCCAGGGCGCCGCUCGACCCCGCCGUCGACGCCAAGCUCCAGGCCAUCUGCGCCACCAUCGCCGCCGCGUCGUCCAAGGGCGGCGCCAGGGCCAAGCAGAGCAAGGCGAUGCCGAUCAACGCGCCCGUCCUGGAAGCGACGGCGGCGUGUCCGAGCAACAGCUCCUCCGACGAAGGCUCCGGGUCGGACGAGGAGAUGUCCUCCCGGACGACGACGACGCCGGUGGUUGUGGCGCCGCCGGUGGUAGCGGACAUGGGGCAGCUGGACUUCAGCGAGGCGCCGUGGGACGAGGCCGAGAGCUUCGUUCUCCGCAAGUACCCGUCCUACGAGAUCGACUGGGACGCGCUGCUCUCCAACUAAAACAGUCGCCGAUCAUCAGACGUGCUGCUGUAUGUUGUAGUUGAGUAGUGGCUGCAGUAGUAAGUAGCUCCGUCGAUCGUCCGGCCGCCGCAGAUGAGGUUUUAGGCAAUCUGCAGGCCGCCGGCCGGCACCUGUGUACUAGUAGUGAUCAAGUAGGUUUUGUUUGUUCAGUUUGGUCCCCGGACCUCGCCGGCGUUUUUGUGACCGGCGUCCCCGCUCCGGAUGUAAAAUGUUUAGAUGUGAGAGUGCACAGCAUUGGUGUACUGGUCUGUCUGUAAAAAAAAAAAGAAUGGAUCUGUAGGGUGUAUUAUUUCAAGUGUUGUUCUUUAGUUCUAUGUUAAUUCGUGCUGUGAAAUUGCCUGUACCGAUUAUUCAA